AUGACAGUCAUCACGCACCACAUAGCCCCAGAUGGGGAUCUCUACAUCGCUCUGAAAGAGCCAAACACGCAGAAAGUACUGCCAGACGUUUCUCUUGCCAACACCAGUGGAAUUUGCCACAAUGAAGAACCUGUUGACAUCCGACUCCGCGUUUCUUCUGGCUAUAUGAUUCUGGCUUCACCCGUGAUCAAGAAGAUGCUCCAUGGUCCAUGGAGCAAAAAUGCUGAACCCGUUUCUCCUGAGUCAGAUACCACCUCGCCUUCUUCAAGCACGUCAGCUCGCGAAGUUUCUACAAUCGGAUGGAAUGCGGAUGCUUUAGUCGCUCUGCUCAACAUCAUCCAUGGCCGCCACAGCAAUGUGCCAGAAGAGGUCAACCUCAGCUUCUUUGCCGACUUUGCGGUGAUCGCGGACUACUACCAAUGUGACAGAGCAGUUCUAUUUGCGCCUAUUUUGUGCUGGGUAUCCUCCUGGCAUCGAGCCUUCGCCGAUAUGGCAAUGUUGAUCUGGAAGCAUGGUGAAGGCCUGGAUCUUGUCAAAACAUAUGAUCUCCCUAUCGCUGAGAUAAUUGAGAAUCUAGACACAAAAAGACAAGAGGCUAUCAAUGCAGUCCUGGAGGAGCUUAACAACAUCGUUGAGGAGCUUCAGGAUGACCAAACUGACGACACAGCCUGGGAUGGUUGGGGUGGUGAGCCCACUGACCACAGACGCCGUUGCACGGCACUGGGUUCAGCGCUACGAGAGAAACGCCGAAUGGACAAACUCGAUCCGCCGCUCACAGUUCCAUACAUUGGAUAUUCUUUCUCGAAAGUCAUCAAAAUGGUCAACGGGUUUCGUAAACUUGAUAAUCGUGUCGAAUAUGUGACGGAGGACGGAAUUGAGCAAUGGCAAGUACCAACGGAACAGGAAGACCGUCCCAAACAGCGACUGAAGAACAAAGUUGACAUCACCUUGAGUGAUAUCGAAUGGCUCAGCCUGGCAAACUUCAGAGAUUGA